AUGCUAAGAGAAGGUGUCUCCUGUUCCGUUGACUUGUCUCGCAAAAGCUUGUCUGCUAUGAUGGGAAAUCAGAACUGCCAUGCCGAGAUCACCUUCGAUGAUAACGUUAAAUGGCUGGCACGUUUUCGCCUCGCAAGAACCACAUCACCGCCGCGGGAAGUUCGUGAGUGGAUACUACGAAGCGAAGCUGCCACUAUGAUUUACCUCCAACGAUGCACUCGCAUCCCAACGCCCAAAGUCUUCGAUUGGGCAUGUGAAUCUGAUCCAGAAAACUCACUUGGAGUCGACUAUAUUCUGAUGGAAAAGCUGGACGGAAAGCCUCUGAGUUGGCAGGCGGCGACUCCUCAGCAGAAAGAGAAGGUCAUGCAGCAGUUGGUUGACAUUUUCCUCGAGAUUGAUAAGCAUCCUUUCAGAGCAAUGGGUUCACUUGUCUCCUCGGCGGGAGGUGUUUUCGGUGUUCAAGGUCUCGCACAUCAACCAACAUUCCGAGCAGGAGAGGGGCCACUAGGCCCAUUCUCUUCCUCGCUUGAAGGCUGUCAGGUUAUCCUAAAGUCCUACCUUGCAAUGAUAGCUAGCAGCGAGAUUGAUUGCUGCUAUCCGGUAGACACUUACCUCGUUCAUCGACUUCGCCAGGACAUCGUCGGCGUUCUCUUCCAAGAUGUCCCGUCAGAGGACCAGUUCUUUCUCAAGCACCCGGAUGACAAGGGUGACCACAUUUUGGUCAAUGACAGUUUCGAUAUUGUGGGAGUCAUAGACUGGGAAUGGACCCAGACUGUAUCCAGGGCGGAGGCAUUCUGUUCCCCGUGCAUGUUGUGGCCAGUGGCUGAGUUCUACAACGGCUCUAACGCUUUAGCCGCAGAUGAGUUGCGGCUCGCUGCUAUCUAUUACGAAAAGGGCCGUGAAGAUCUCGCUGUCUGUGUCAUUGAGGGCAGAAAGGCUCAGAGAUUUCUCUUCGCUCUUGGCCCCGAGAGCUCUUUUCUAGAUAUGCAAACACAUCUAAAUCUCUUCGCAGGACUCCAGCGGGCCUUCAACUUUGAAGACGAGGAGUGGGAGACAUGGAAGAGCAAGGCUCUCAAGAAAUGGAAAGGUGAUGACUUACUUCUCGGCUUGUUGGAACUAGAAAAGAACGAGAGGAAGGAGAGAUGGGGGUCGAAGGAGCGAGGUGAGAGGAGUUUAAAUAAAACAGAUUGCGUGGAUUCAAUCUAG